AUGUCGACACUCAAGCUAUCGGUAUUUCAAACAGUACUUCUGCUUCUCAGCUUUAUCACCCGUGUGCUUUCAGGUUCGCGUGCCACGGCUCCGUAUGAGGUCAACGGCCGGGUGUAUCAAUGUGACAGGGUCAUCUCUCAAGAUAUCAGCAUAGUGGGGGGUGGUUCAGCUGGAACAUAUGCGGCUGUCAGACUGCAAGCUGUGGGGAAGACUGUGACCCUUAUUGAGAAAACAGAGCGACUUGGUGGCAAUACGCAGACAUAUUAUGACCUUGAAUCCAAAAAGUAUGUCGAUUAUGGCGUGCGUGUCUGGCAUGACAUUCCCGAGGUUCGCAACUAUGCUGCUCAUCUGAACGUUUCACUUGUCCGUACGGACUUUACCGUUCCAGGAGUCUCAACCAGCUAUUUCCAAUUCAACACCGGGGAGCUAAAUCGCACCUAUGCAACUGCCGACAGAAGGGCUGCCUUCGGAGAAUACAUUGCCCAGGCGUCUAAGUACCCCUUCUUGGACUAUGGCUUUGACCUUCCCUCUCCCAUACCCGGUGAUUUGCUACUACUCUUUGGUGAAUUCGUCAAGAAAUGGUCCCUGGAGCUCCUGGUACCCACAUUAUGGCUCAACACUCAAGGCAUCGGCAAUUUGCUUCAAACCCCUACAAUCUACGUCCUCAAGUAUUUCGGCAUCUCGGUCAUUCAAGGAUUUCAGACUGGCUUCUUGGGCACCCCUGAUGGCGACAACAGCGCUCUUUAUGAAUCAGCCACUUCCGUCCUGUACCCCAACGUCCUUUUCGAGAGUACCAUACUAGAUAUGAAGCGCGAUUCCGAAGCCGGAGUCCAAAUCAUUGUCCAAACCCCGAGCGAGACGGUCCUAGUCAAAUCCAAGAAGCUCGUCAUUGCUGUCCAACCGUUGUUGGCAGACAUGGGACCUUUUGAUUUAAGUGUUGGCGAGAAGGAACUCUUUGGCGAGUUCAAGGGCAACGAGUACUUUGCUGGUGUCUUGAAGAACUCGGGCAUUCCGGACAAUACCACACUCAUGAACAUGGAUCCCAGAGACCCCUAUGGCAUACCACAAUCCUCAGCCCUCUAUUCGAUUGCGCAAACCGGCUUUCCGGGCCUACAGACCGUCACAUAUCAGGGGGCUACCAACACGGCAUUAUCGAGCAAACAAUCAAGCGACGGCGAGAUCCAGCAGCAUAUUAUCGAUGGGUUGAUGAAAUUGGAUAUUCGGGACAAGAGCUUUACUAAGCCGGAGUUUGUGGCUUCUUCUGUUCAUGCACCGUUUGAGUUGGCGGUUUCUGCGCGGGCGAUUGAGAAUGGGUUCUAUGGACAGUUGUAUGGGCUUCAGGGGCAGAGGAACACGUGGUAUACGAGUGCUACUUUCCAUACGCAUGAUUCGUCGUUGAUCUGGCGUUUCACGGAGGGUUUGUUGGCCAAUAUUACGGCGGGGAUAUGA